ACCACGAAAGUUGGAUCCACCGCGAGAGGCAGUCAGCCACGGAUACUCUCGAGGCCAUGGCUGUCCGCCACCUUCUCUCCUCCACCCUCCGCCGCGCGCGCGGAUCGCCCUCCCCAUUGCCGUCGGCGGCCUCCGCCAGCCCAUCGCCGCCUCCCUCUUCCCGCCACGCCCCCGCCGAUCGCGCGCUUCACACGGCGCUCGCCUCCAGAUCGCCCGCCACGCCUGAUCUGCCCACCCCUUCCGCACACGAAGCCUCCGCACAUGGCAUACCCGCGCACGGCAUACCGCACUCGCAUGCCUGUGCUUGCGUCCCCCAUCUCUCCUCUCCCUCGCAUCCUCUCCGAUUCGUUCACGCCGCCACCACCUUCGCCUCCUCCCCGCAUGCCACGGAAGACACAGUGCCACCUGGCAGUGUGACGUCAGCAGCCGAUCGCGACGGCUGGCACGAAGCCACGUCAACGGCGCGCGAAACGACGGCGGACGGUGGAGUGGUAGAUCGGAAACAAGUGGGCGGCGGAGCGAGAUGGGCGCAAGUAGCUGCCCCGGUGUGGGCGGAGCGCACGUACGCGCGGGGCAUUCGCGAAUACAACAACGUGCUGCGGCACCUGGCGGACACCAACAGGCCGCACCUGGUGCGCGAGGUGUGGGGCGACAUGGCGAUGGACGGCGUGCAGCCCGACAGCAACUCGCUCCACAUCGCCGUCAGCGCCGCCAUGAAGGCCGCCAGGCUGCACGACGUGCUCUUCUUCUUUAACCACAUGAAGACACGUGGCAUUGUGCCUGACGUGGUGCUGUACAACAUGCUCAUCACGGCGUGCGCCAUCUGCCUGCACGUCGACCAUGCCUUCAAGGUGGCGGAGGAGAUGCGGCGGGCUGGCAUAGAGCCCCAGCAGCGCACGUACACGGCGCUGCUCAACGCCUGCGCCAACAGCGGCCGAGUGGACGACGCCGAGGCGUUGCUGGCGGCCAUGGAGGCGAGGGGCGUGCCUCGCACGCGCCUCACCGUGGCGGCGCUCAUCACGGCGCACCGCAACCACCGCCCCGUCGCCCCCGACGCCAGGCACAAGGUGCUGGCGCUCUUGGACGAGGCGCGCGCACUGCCCAGUGAAGAGGAGCGCAGGGGGGGGGAAGGGGACGGGGGAGAGGAGGGGGAGAACGAGGGGGAAGCAGCAAGAGCAGGGGCGGCGGUAGCAGGGGCGGUUCGGCGACAGGGGGGCGUGUUGCGGCACUACAAUGCGGCGCUGGGCGCCAUGGAGGAACUCAGAGACCCGCAGGGAGCGGAGCGGGUGAUGGCAGCAGCAAGGGAGGACGGGGUCACGCCAGACGCCAACAUGCACAGGCUGCUCAUCAGGUGUGAUAGAGCACAGGCUGCUCAUCACGGCACGGGAUAUGAGGACACGGGAUAUGAGGACACGGGAUAUGAGGGCCCGGGAUAUGAGGGCACGGGAUAUGAGGGCACGGGAUAUGAGGGCACGGGAUAUGAGGGCACGAGAUAUGAGGGCACGGGAUAUGAGGGCACGGGAUAUGAGGGCACGGGAUGUGAGGGCACGGGAUAUGAGGACACGGGAUAUGAGGACACGGGAUAUGAGGGCCCGGGAUAUGAGGGCACGGGAUAUGAGGGCACGGGAUAUGAGGGCACGGGAUAUGAGGGCGCGAGAUGUGAGGGCACGGGAUAUGAGGGCACGGGAUAUGAGGGCACGGGAUGUGAGGGCACGGGAUGUGAGGGCACGGGAUAUGAGGGCACGGGAUGUGAGGGCGCGGGAUAUGAGGACACGAGAUAUGAGGGCACGGGAUAUGAGGACACGGGAUAUGAGGGCACGGGAUAUGAGGGCACGGGAUGUGAGGGUACGGGAUAUGAGGACACGGGAUAUGAGGGAACGGGAUAUGAGGGCACGGGAUAUGAGGACACGGGAUAUGAGGACACGGGAUAUGAGGGCACGGGAUGAUACGAGGGCACGGGAUAUGAGGGCACGGGAUGUGAGGACACGGGAUAUGAGGACACGGGAUAUGAGGACACGGGAUAUGAGGACACGGGAUAUGAGGGCGCCGGAUAUGAGGGCGCGGGAUUUGAGGGCACGGGAUGUGAGGGCAAAAGAUAUGAGGACACGGGAUAUGAGGGCAUGGGAUAUGAGGGCACGGGAUGUGAGGGCACGGGAUAUGAGGGCACGGGAUGUGAGGGCACGGGAUGUGAGGGCACGGGAUGUGAGGGCACGGGAUGUGAGGACACGGGAUGUGAGGGCACGGGAUGUGAGGGCACGGGAUAUGAGGACACGGGAUAUGAGGACACGGGAUAUGAGGGCGCGGGAUAGCAGAUGCUGGAGAUGCAGUUCAAGUGCUCCAAGAUGGGUGAGGCGAAGUACUACUUGGGGAUGCACGUGGAGAGAGAUAUGGAAAAGGGUGUGCUGAGGUUGCACCAGAGGAAGUACUGUGAGGGGCUGGCUGAGAAGUAUGGGCUGCAAGAUGGGGGAAAGCCAGCAACACCACUACCUUCGGGGUUCACUGUGGAGCCAUGUGCUGAUGAGGAGGUAGUGGGUGAUAGUGACAGGAAGCUGUUUCAUUCGAUGGUUGGGUCGCUGAAUUAUCCUGCAAAUCAUACACGGCCUGACAUUGCAUUUGCUACAUCACGGUUGGCUAGUGUGGUCUCACGCCCUAGUCAUGAGCAGCUGGAAGCGGCCAAGAGGUUGGUCCGCUAUGUGAGUGCUACGGCAUCAGUGGGAUUGGAGUACAGUGGAGUGAGGCAGCGGUUGCAGAGAGGUGCUGCAGAUUGGCACUGGGUGAGGAGACUCCUUGAUAAGGAGGUGCGGCUGGAGAUAGUGAAGACCCAUCAGCAGGCAGCAGAUAUUUUCACUAAGCGUCUGGCGGAGGCGGAUCAUUGGAAGGGCAUGAAGCUUGCUGGGAUGAGUGUGCAUUGAGUAUGCAUGCUUGAGAUGUGGUAUGGUCGAUGAUGGUUGGCAGCCAGAGGGGGAGAUUGUUGUGUGAUGUCAUCAUAUGUUAUCACAUUCUGUCUGCCUCCCAUCCCUUGUUUCAAUUCGCACGUAUGGUUUGACUGUGUGUGAAAGAAUUUGUGUGGUGUGUGUUCUGGAGUUUGGGAAUGUGUUUUGUGUUAUUCUG